AUGGUUCGCGGCGCAGACUACGACAACGGUGUCCCCCAGAGCGACAACCCAAUCGAGAACGGUCCUAACAAGGCCCACGGAACCGGCAAUGAGCCCGCAGACCUGAGCCGCUCCCACAAGGCUGCUCCCAUGCCUGAACAGACUGGCUCCGGCCGUGACGUCCACCCUGGUUUGCCGACCGCUGGAUCGGAGCAUCCCAAUGGUGGGGCUGCGAAGCCUGUCUCCCUUGAUGAGAAGAACACCGCUGGGAAAUAA